GUAGCCGACAUCUGAGUUUAAAGGCCCCACCUUUCCCCGCUUUCCUCUUCUGAUUCUCUUCCAUGAUCGUCCACCCACACUGCAUCUUCACGAAAUCAUUCAAUUCCUUUUCUGACUUUAAUUAAUAAUACAACUUACAGAGUUUGUUGCUUUCACUAAGUAACGAUCAUAAAAACUCCACUACUAAGCCUUGAGAAUUUGCAGUUACAGAGACCACAAUGGCUUUCAGUUUCAGUAUGAGCCUCAACCUUGUACUUCUCGUGGCCAUGGUUGCUUCCAACAUUAUCUCUCUCUACCACCUCUCUUCCACCGUCAUAUUUCCCGCCAACCCUCCUCCCCAAUCCAUCCCCGACCACCUCCUCCGCCAACUACACUCGAUACGCGCCACCAUCAACCGACUCACGCGCCUCCAGCAAGCUGCUGCCGACACUAGCACUUCUCCUACCUCUGCUGCUACUAAACACACCAUUCCUUCAGAUCUCUUGCUUUACUCUCGUCUCUCUCCUAUUGCUUCCUCUUGCCAUGACUACCCUGAGCUUCUUCACAAGUACAUGAACUACACUCCGUUCUCGCUCUGUCCUUCUGAUUCUGACCUCGCCGAGGCUCUCAUUCUCCGUGGCUGCCACCCACUUCCUCGCCGGAGAUGCUUCUCACUGACCCCACAAAAACCCGCUUCUUCUUCCCUUCCCCGUGACCCGUUUUCUUCUCUUCCGAGUUCUAAUGUUAUAUGGGACAAGUACUCCUGUAAGAGCUUCGAUUGUUUAAAUCGACUGAAUCCGAAUCUGGGUUUCGAUGCGUCUCGUGAAAUAACCAAAUUUAUGAGCUACAAGUCUGAACUUGACCUCCCAAUACCUCAGUUAUUACAGAUUGCGAGAGCCGCUAAGUCUGUGAUUCGAUUAGGACUCGACAUUGGAGGAGGAACAGGGACUUUUGCUGCGAGGAUGAAGAUGCAUAACGUGACGGUUGUGACGACGACCAUGAACGUGGCUGCGCCGUACAAUGAGGCGGUGGCGCUGAGGGGAUUGGUACCGCUGCACGUGCCAUUGCAGCAGCGGCUGCCGGUGUUCGACGGGGUGGUGGAUGUGGUCCGGUGCGGGCGUGCCGUGAACCGGUGGAUUCCGGCGACGAUGAUGGAGUUUCUACUGUAUGAUGUUGAUAGAGUGUUGAGGAGUGGUGGGUACUUGUGGGUGGAUCAGUUUUUCAGCAGAGGGGUGGAUCUUGAGACUGUGUAUGGACCUCUGAUCGGAAAAUUGGGGUACAAGAGAGUGAAGUGGGCGACGGCGAACAAGACAGACAUCGCCGGUUUGAAGAACGGAGAGGUCUACUUGACUGCCUUGUUGCAGAAGCCAGUGUCAAGAUGACUUCAAACAAAAGUUGAUGCAGAUAAAUAUAUACACUUAGGCUCUGUUUGGAUAGCACUUUUCAAACUUCAAAUGUGCUUUCGGGAGAUUUUUCAGGCAACAUUUGUGAGAAGUAAAAAAUUGUAGGUUUUGCAAGACCGCACCUGAAACUGAAAAACAAAUGGGCACUUACAAGGAUGAUACAACAGUAGAAAAAGAUCCUUUGAGAUCAAGGGGCUUGCAAUGAAGCAGUUCCAAUCUGCUUUGUGAUCGAUCAUUCUUGUUGCUGAUUAUUCAAAGUCCAAAAUCACAAAUGGAACAAAAAUAGAAGCAACUCAAGCGGAGAUCUAAUUCAAUUCAAGGGGUAAAUGUCUGGAGAAAUUCCUCGGCUUCUUCAUUGUGGUCAUUCUUGUAUCAUCAUUAUCGUUGUUGUUGAAUUGUCUAAUACUAAUCCAUUGUUUGGGAAACAAAUCUAGGAGGCACUGAUUGCCAAAUUCGGAUUU